AUGACUCGGGACAAGGCCGACAGCAAGUUGCUGGCACCGCAGUCCUCCCGGCACGGCCGCUUUGGCACCUCCAUGGCAAAGGCCACUUCAGAUGGUUCCCUCAGCUUGUUGUCCACCGUGAACCAGAGCGACAUUAUCCAGAAGAGCAGCUCGGUGCUGGGGAGGAAGGAGUUCCGCAACCCUUUGGGCAGCGACAAGAAGCAGAAUAUGUUCAAGAAUCCCUUCUUUGUGGACCUGGGAGAGGGGUCGGUGAGGGAUCACAACCAGCUGAAUCCGCACGUGCGCGGAGCACUUGAUGAUCGCACCAACCACAACCAAAAGAUCCUCCAAGGUUACCGCAACUUCAUGCAAAAGGCGGCUGAGUACUUCAGCUCGCUGGUAAGCAUCAUGCGCAGCACCUGCAAAGGGGGCCUGUCGAAGAAUGUCGACAUUGGCACCGAGCUCAAUAUGCCGCAUUUGAUAAACUAUGUCUCCUGGUGGUUGGAGUUUUUCCGCUGCCAGCAUGCGGCACAGGUGGCAGAAGCAAAGAAGAAGAAAGCACCGCUGCCGGAUUUGGACAUUGCCAUGCUUCAGGGGGCCAUCGAUAUCGACAUGAUCCAAUUCACAACAGCCCGUCUCCGCGAGUUCGGAAAGGAGGAGAAGUUCAACCACUCCCAGCUGGUGGUGGUUCUCCGAGUGUUGAGCCAGCAGAUCCAGACGAUCAAGGAGGCCACCGAGGCCAGCAUCUCUGACACCAGCGACUGUGGAGAGAUCCUCGUCCGGCACAUGGUGAAGGAGAACACCCUGGGCAACAUCUCCUGGAUCAUGAAGAACUUCAAGAGCUCGAGCCAUGACCCCCGCAUCCUCACCUACUGCGUGGAGGUGUGGCAGUACAUCACUGGGCUCAUGAACAAGAUGCGCGAGAAGUACCCGAAGGACGAGUUCCAGGUGGACAAGAUCCGUGGCAAGUACCUCACAAGGACCACCACCUCGACGGAGAAGGAAAUCGCAGGUCUUGCAGACUCCCGCGUGGUGGAGAAUUUGUUCCACAUGUUGGAAAAGUAUCGGCGGCUAAGUCCCACCAUGCAAUCCAUGCUGGUGGAGCUUCUGCGGAGCAUCAUCCAGGCUGAACCCACCAACAUUGUGCUUUUCUUCGAGCUGACGUACUUCAUGAGCAUCUUUCGCAUCUUGCACGACCCUCUGUUGACCAACGCAAAAAACAACAAGAAGUACAAAGACAUCACCGGUUUGUUCCAAUUCAUUCUGCAGGAGUUCUUCCAAUGCGCUGAAGUGAACCACUGCGUCUUUGCAGAGUUGCUAUUCCGCAAAGUGCAAGAGAAGUCUGCGGACUCGAUCGAGUCCUCCAACAACGAGUUUGCGGCAAUUCUAAGCAACUACGAAGAUGAAGGCUACCGGCAGAAGAUGGAAAGGAUCGGGGCCGGAGAGACUAUGGACCAAGUGCUGCAGAAACAGCGGGAGAUGCUCAAGGGACAGCAGCCGUGGACGGAGGAGGAAGACAACGUCCUGCGAGAGUGCUAUCCAAGGUACGCAGAGCACCCGCUGUGCGCAGAGCUUCUGGCAGCCGAGCUGCCCGAGAGCAGCCGCCGCACCACGGUGCAGGUGCGGCGGCGUUUGGGGGAGCUGAACCUUCGCGCCGAGCCACCGUCCAAGAAGCAAAAGGUGUUCGACUCUCGCGAGCCCGAAGCACCUGAAGAAGCAGGAGAGCCCCUGCUUCACCCGGUACUCCCAAGCGUGCAGCAGCAGAGCAGGAGGAAGAAAUGCUGGAAGAGGAUUUGGAAAGAUUGCUGGAUGCUGCGUACGAUAGCUUCCCGGGCACCGACAGCGCUGGCAAAGCAGACCAGGCCGGUCCCACACCUGCAAGCACUGUGCCGGAUGAAGCAACUGUGCGGGAGGGUUCGACAGUUCAGUCGCGCACGCAGGCCGGUCCCACACCUGCAAGCACUGUGCCGGAUGAAGCAACUGUGCGGGAGGGUUCGACAGUUCAGUCGCGCACGCAGGCCGGUCCCACACCUGCAAGCACUAUGCCGGAUGAAGCAACUGUGCGGGAGGGCUCUGGAAAACGGCCACGCGCGCAGGCUUCGCAAGGAGUGCCAGAAAGCUUGGAGCUGGAAUUGGCGCAGAUGA